ACCUGCAACGCACGUGAGUUUUCAUUGCGGUUCAAUACAAACACACACGUCAACCAUAAAAAACGGAACAUGAAAUGAAAAAAAGUGGAACAUUGCAAUUACAACUUAAGUUUCACUUCUCCUUUAACAUUGUAUCUCUCACCAUGUUUCUUGUCAAGACAUGGAGACAAACUGCUUUUGGUGUUUAUGGUUAUAUGAAUUUCACCAAACCUGCUUUUCUUGAGCAUUCUAAGAAUUUCAAACCAGAGGAAACGGAAGUACAAAUACCAGGGAAGAAUUGCAUUGUAACAGGAGCAAACUCUGGAAUUGGUUAUGCAGCAGCUGAGGGUCUCGCGCAGCGUGGUGCAACCGUCUAUCUUGUAUGUCGUAACAAGGAGAGAGGAGAGGCUGCUCUUUCUCAAAUUCAGACUAAAACUGGCAAUCAAAAUGUAUAUUUGGAGAUUUGUGAUUUGUCAUCUGUCACGGAUAUCAAGUCACUUGCUUCCAGGUUUUCCGAAAAGAAUGUUCCAGUACAUGUGUUGGUUAACAAUGCUGGCUUGCUUGAGCAAAAUCGAGUGACCACAUCAGAGGGGUUUGAGUUGAACUUUGCUGUCAAUGUAUUAGGUACUUACGCCAUGACUGAAUUGAUGGUACCGUUACUGGAGAAAGCUUCCCCCAAUGCACGUGUCAUUACUGUUUCUUCUGGUGGAAUGUAUAGUACUCCCUUGACAAACGAUCUACAGUAUUCUGAGAGCAGCUAUAAUGGGACCUUACAAUAUGCUCGAAACAAGCGUGUUCAGGUCGCACUAACAGAAAAUUGGGGUGAAACAUACAAGAACAAAGGGAUAGGAUUUUACUCAAUGCAUCCAGGUUGGGCUGACACUCCUGGUGUUGCAAAAAGUUUGCCAGGCUUCUCAAAAUCAUUAGCGGGGAAGCUUAGAACAAGCGAAGAAGGUGCAGACACGGUUAUCUGGUUGGCACUACAACCAAAGGAGAAGUUGGUAUCUGGUGCAUUUUAUUUUGAUAGAGCUGAAGCUCCCAAGCACCUUUCAUAUAAUGCUACAAGUGGUUCUCAUACUUUGAUCAACUCUGUCAUUGAUAGUCUUCGAUCCUUGGCAUCUCUUUCGGCUUAAACAGAGAGUAUACUUCUACACUAAAUGGUAGGGGUCUUUGUAGUUCGGUUUUAAUCGGUUUUGAGAUGCAAAAUCAUCGAAUCAAAAGAUUAAAAUAGUACGGGUUUGCAUUUUGAUCGGUUUCGAUGUAAACGAUAAAUGUUGUAAGAAAACAUAGAACCUGUUUCAGGUAAUAUAGCAUUGCCAAAAUUAGUGACAGUUAUAUCAAUUGUUUUCGGUAAUCAUCAAUAGCUAUGAAGUGUACAUUUUCCUA